AGGUCAUGUCAUUUUAUUACAUUUUAUUUUAUGAAGGUUCAGAUUGUAGGGCUUCCCCUUUUUUACUGCAGAACCAGUGAUAAGGUGGUGUGGUUGUGACUCCAGUUUGCCCCAUCAUGCCCAUCCCAGCAGCACUUUCAUUCUCAAUGCAAGACAGAAUACAAAUCGCAUCACACUGCAGGUUAUAAAUCUCUACCAUUUAAUGAAAACACACACAAAAAAUAAAUAAAAUUGCAACCAUAUGUAGCAGAUGAUGCAAGGUUCAUGAUAUAGCAGGUCUUGCAUCCAUACUAGACCCUGAUCAAUUGUGCCCUGGAGCAAUGCGAGACAGGCUUCUCCCAUUGUUAGUGGCACUUGCUCUCCUCGAGGUAAAUUUAUGGCCCAGAGGGUUUGUUUUAAUGAACUAAUUAAACCUCCACCCUGACACUGAGGUAGUUAAUUAUUUCAUUUGCCUGUUUAACCCCCAGCCCCCUGCUGAAAAAGGUUUUCUUCCUGUCACUCUUUUCAAGGACGUUCUUAAUUCCAAAGCCGCAUCACAGCGCUCUUGUGUUGCAGUUCUUCCAGUGGAAUCCUGUGUGUUAUGUAAGGGGCGCGUCACUUUUUAUCAGCCUUGUCUGUUCUGGGAAGCCCGGGCUCUGACUGUACCUCCUCGAAGUGGAUAAGUUGAGGCUAGACUGUGGUGGCAGAGUGUUGCCCUGCGUUGUUGACAUCUCGCCACUAUCUGCUGUUUUGUGUACCCUAAAGCUUGCUGACCUUGGCGUGAAAUGUAAUCACUCACUGAACGUUUGAGUGAUGGCUUUCACAAAGCACAAUAAACGCUCCCAGGUAUCGACAGUGGUAACUGCAAAACAAAUAGUACAUCGCCUUCAAUUAAAAAAAAUAAAUACAGGAGUUUCUGUACAGCACAAUCAUUUUGCCAUGUAAUGCAGGCAAAUAAUUGUUCAAAACGGGUGGUGCAAGCAGAAAGCAAUUGCUGUGUCUCCUUUGUCAUGAGACUGUGCAACUCGGAUGAAAAGCUAACCACACAUCCUUGCGAUGGCAUGUACGUUUUUUUUUUCAGUUUGUUUAAAACGUUCAGAUCAUAUUGAAAGCUCUGUUAAGCGUCUUUGAUAAAAGUCUACAGAGGACCAUGCAGAGGGUCAUCGCUGGGGUCUGCGCUGCUUCCAUCACACAUGAAGUGGCCAAACCAGAAAAACCACACGUCUAACAAGAGUCGUUCGAUUCUCCCUGCUGAAAGAAUGUUCUCAGUAAAAGCGGAACUGUUUUUUUGGUUGGUUUUGUUUUAGUGAUUUGUUUUUAUGUUCUCUUUCCAGGAACAGCAUUCCUCUUUUGUUUAGAUAAUAUGAGGGUUAGUUUGCCCCGCCUGGCCACUCUGAAAUUUAGUCUAUUUUUAAAUCCUUUUCCUGAAAGUUGUAAUCUCUUUACUUGAAGAACGGAGCAGCACCCCCUCAGCAGGGUCUUUCUCUCGCUGUAAUUGCUAACUGAGGCUUGUGCUCCGGGUUUGAAGUGGGGACCCUGCAGACUGUUGCAGGAGAUGAAGCGUACCAGCGCUUUGUAGCGGUCAGCGUUACAAUUGCUGCGUUCGCUGCUUGAACUGUCUUUCUUUAAAACGCAAACCAAGCGAGCGCCAAGGGGAAUUGUGUUUUCAAGCCCUGGAGAACUCUGCAACGAUUGAGACUCGCUGUAUUUGUUAGGACUGAAGGUUUUUUUUUUUUUUCUCCUUUGUUUUUAUCGGGGCACGAUCAUUUCAUUUAACCACUUAUUCUGAAGUUUGAAACACAAAGGGCACACAGAUUUAUCAGAAGCACAGAGUCAUAGAUAGCACUAGCCUUAGUUCUUUUGCUAGUGCCUUAGCGAAGGGUGCUGAGUCUUGGUAAAUAGUCUGUUACCAAAGGAGUCUUUUACUAGUGAACAGUGGCUAUUGCUCACUCGGGCACUGUUCCUAGUACUAUUGUACAUGGGGGGGGGGGGGACCUUGAGAAAAUAAAGCUAGAAACAAUCAUUAAAGUUUUAGUUUAUCACAUGGAAUUGUUUGACGAAGCAUUUCCAAACCCCUCCUGAUUGUAGCCGCUAGCAGAUGUAGGUUUUGGCACCAGAUGAUAUGAUAAAACGGCACACAACAAAGAAGUUAAUUUGAAUUUAAUUCCGAGGCACCGACACUGAGGAGUGUGGCUGAAAUGCAAAAUGAAAAAGGGGGGCGGCUGGCGAUUGUCUAUUCCAGGGAAUCGCAGCGGUAACACAAUUUACAGAGCCUGUAUCUGGGUGGGUGUAUGUGAACCGGGCUCCUCCUCUUGUGCUUAUAAGUUUAAGACAGACCAUGCUGCCCACUUGCAAGAACUCCAGGGGUCUGGGAUACUGUGGCCGUGCCAGGGGCUGGGGUGCUCUGCAGUAAUGUCUUCAAUGCGUGCCAAGCUGCCUGCAGGAUGUGUUCCCUCCACCAGGAGAUUGUGUGUGCUGAAGGCGAGCUCUCUGAAGGCUCUCUGGGUGCUGUACCCUGUGCUCUGCCUUGUCAUGCUGCCCCAGAGGUGCGGUGCCGCGGCCCGGGCGCGCUGCGGCAGGGAGCUGGUGGAGGACCUGCAGUUUGUGUGUGGAGACCGCGGCUUUCACUACAGUAAGAGUUCCCGUUAUGGCACUCGGGGUCGCGUGAGAGGGAUUGUGGAUCUGUGCUGCAUCCGGGGCUGUGAUCUGCAGCUGCUGGAGGCAUACUGCGCUAAGCCCAACCAGCCCGGGAAACCCACUCCCAAGCCAGGCUCCAUGGCCACCCAGCAACUGAACCAUCCAAAGAGACCGGCCAGGGACCUGACCUCCAUACACGGCCAGCACAGGCAGAUGGUCUUCAAACAGCACCCCAGUAGGUACGUCUGGCCUUCACAGUUCAGGAGACUCGAGAGAGUGCUUCUGGCUCAGUCGGGCGUGAAUCUGCGUUUCCUGAGCCUGCGCACUUGGGCGCAGCACAGCGCGGUCCUUUUGAAAAGAUUCUUCAGAGGGACCUAGCAUAGUCGAGAAACGAACGAGAGAUGUGCAGUCCGCCACCCCCUGUGAUCAACAACACAGUGACCCAUUAGAGAGUGCUGCUGACUGCUUGCGCUAAACCCUUCCCAGGGAAAUCCACAUGGUGUCGUCACCGCUCAGACAGGGUGUAUUGCUUUGACUCUCCUGGCUGCUUCAAGACAUCAUCGUCCUCUCCACCAGAAGAGAUGUAUAUAGGCUUCUGUGACGUCAGGUGCUGGCUACUAACCGGCCCAGGAAAGACCCCAAAACUAUAGUCUUACAGGCGUUCAAGCUGUGCCUGUACAUCCAAACUAAUACACCCAUAAACUCUGAGCUGCCAACCUCUGCCUUAUUUAUAUAAAAUGUGAAUCCUUCCGCACAGGUUUUUACUCUGUCUUUAAACAGAUAUUCACAGAAUCCUCAACAAUGCAGCAGUGUUUCUGUGCGUUUUUUAAAAAUAUAUUUUCUUACUGCAAAACUUGAAAAGCCCUUUUAGAAAGUAUGUGCACUCUUUAUUUUUCGUAUGCUCUUUUUGUAUAUAUACAAAUGUUGAAACACUGUACUGUGGUUUUGUGUAUCAGUGUAAAUAAUGUUUAAAAUAAAA